CGGAGUGGUUGAAUUAUCUUUAUACAGGUGUUGGCAUAGUUCUCCUUCCUUCGACACGAUAUCUCCAAUGGUGGAAGUAUCGUACGUACAUAUAUCAGACUCAGUCGACCCAGGGAAGAAGAAGAUCAAGCAGCAGCAGCUUGAAUUAUCGAAAGGGCAAAACAGAAAACACUUAAAUGGGCGCGCGGCCCAUGUUGAAUUUUCAAGCCCAAAAUAGAACGGCCUGGACUAAAUAUCACAGCUCAGCCUACUUUUAUGGUCCUGGCCCAUCUCUUACGAACCGACUAAAGUAUUAGAUCUCAUUAAAAUACACGAACUUCAAAGCUGAUCCAACGGUGGAGACCACAUCAGGUGUCAGGCUCUAGAACCACCAGAUUUUCCCGUGUGUACCACUUGCCCUUAUCCUGCGCACGCUUACACACACAGUGACUCAACUCCUCUGUGCCCUUCCACGCACACCCACUGUAAUGGCAGCUGAGCUACAACCACCAGAAGCCCUGAUAACCGCUGGCCCAACGGCCGGAACAACGACCACGACUGCAACGACGACUGCGGCAACAGAGACGACGACGUUUGUACCGUCGGCCGACUACCAGGGACAAGCUUUGGCCCCAAAACGGCAACGCCGACCCAGUGUCCGAUUAGGGGAGAUCGGGGACCAGCCGGCCACGCUCUCUUAUGAAUCACACGUACGAAGAACCAAACAACACCCCUGGAGGCUCCCCAAGGACCACUCCUCUAAGUCCUUCAAGGCUCGGUCCCUGAUCAACCUUGUCAACGGUGGUGAUUCCCAGGAUAUCCAAGAGCCAGCGGAAGAUAGGAACCAAAACGGCGAUGGAAAUCUUGAAUUCGCGAACCGGAAGAAGGCGAAGCGGGGCGCGACGAAGCGGGCCCGAUCCACUUGGGUCUCGAGAGUCGAAGAAGGAGCCGCGGCCGAGGGCGACAGCAGAGAAGACGGUAACCACAACGAAGGGUUCAGAGAUUUCGAUCCCGACUCGGACAGUCAGCUGAAGGAACACAGUCCUGUUCACUCAGUCGACAACGUGGUGCUCGAUUCGUGGCACGGGGUUAGACGGCAAGGCCGGGCUAGGGUUUCGGAAAGUCGCGAAAACGACGCCAUUGAUUUGGAAAAUUUUCCCGAGUCCGAUUCGAGGGACCGGAAGUGUGGAACGAGCGAGGGAGUGAGGUCGUGGCUGAUCGAAUUGGGGUUGAGCCGGUACGCGCCGGUGUUUGAGAUACAUGAGGUGGACGACGAUGUUUUGCCGAUGUUGACACUGGAGGAUCUCAAGGAUAUGGGAAUCAAUGCGGUCGGGUCCAGGCGGAAAAUGUAUUCCGGUAUACAAAAGCUUCGCAAGGGGUUUUCGUGUACACUGAGGAGCAAAGGCUUCAGACGAGCUCAGAGUGAUUGGUUUCCACAAUCACCUUGGCUUGAUUAUCUUGUACGGUAGCUGGAUAACCUAUUAUCCAUUGUUUUGAUGAUUGGGUUCUGUUCUCGAUCGUGUGACUGAGACAAUUCAUAGCCUUUUACGCUCACAAUAGGUUGAAGAAGUUGUAUGGCUACCCUUUGCCUCGUAUCUAUAAGUAUUGUCCAAAACCUUAAUUAUUAUUUUUCGACGUAGUGCUCACUUCAUC